GCUGUUCAAAACACAGAAGAGAAACGCGCGCGGAGGGAGCAGCAAACCCGCCAGUGACCGAAACAUUUUUAGCGUUUUAUGUUGGUUGACAAAAACGAUUUGGGUGAACUUUAAAAAUGAUACCAACCACUAGGAAGCGAAAGCUCUCUUCUCUGGACUCUGACAGCCACCCAGCCAAAAGGGGCGUAAGACAAGAGAUGUCACCAUUGAAGAGGAGAUCUCCAAGGAAGAAGCUUGGGGAUAAGUCGCCACAGAAGUUUUCAUGUGGACCAGCAGGCUCACCAGCUAGAUCACCCCUUAAAUCUCUGUUGAAUCCCACUGUGGUGCCAAGCUCCUUCUAUGGCAAACAGAAAACCCACUAUCUUACGCCACUGGAGAGGAAGGCUAUGAAGGAGUCUCUGCCUUCUCUUCCCUCAGCUCUUCCCUCUUCUCCCCCUUUGGCCAAAAAGCCAGAAAAGAAAACUAAAAAGAAAGUCAAAGGAGGCAACAAACCUGGAAAGCAGUCUGUGGGGCCAAGCAAGGGCCGAAAAAUGGGAAUCAAAAACUACACAAAACCUACCAAGAUGAUUAAGCUGCCCAAACUCACCACCAGUGUCGCUGCUAAAACACCACCCACCACCACCACCUCUACCACUGCACCUGCCAGCAGCAAACCAGUAGAGUCCAAGAAGGCUAUCACCCUCACUUUCAGCUCCCUGAAGCCCAAGCCAAAGAUCUUUGUUGGAGCUGCUUUCUUUGGCACGGGGAAGAAACAAACAUCCAUGUACAAAAAAUCUGUUCCGAAGUCAUUGGCCAAGCCAGCUUCGGUUCGAGUGAAGAGCAGUGCUGCGCUGCCACAGACGAGGAAUGAGAAACCAAAACAGCAGCAGCAGCAGGCAGUUCAAGAAAUGAACCGACAACGGGAAGAACCAGUACAGCCAGUUGCGAAGGAGGUGAACCUACAGGGCACAAAGCAGGGAGUCGAGUUUGAUCCUGCAGACUGGGAUGACUCUGCGGAUGAAGAACCUCAAACUCCACAACCAUUAAGCUCACCUCAAGUGUUGUCCGAAAAGUAUGGAAUUACCAGAGAGCUUAAGAUUGUGUUGUCCAGGACCCCUUCACCAAGUUCAGCCUCUUCCCUCAACACUCUGAAGGAUUCUCUGACAGAAAGUUUCUCUGAACCCAUCUUUGACUACAGCCCUCCCAAAGGGACUGCAGCAGUGUAUCCCAUAUUUGGUUCAGCCACCAAAAGGUUAAAGAACGCAGCUCCGAGGGCACCGGUGUCUUGCAGCACUCCCUCUGGCUCGGCAACAUCUCUACCGACUCCUGCAGCUAAGGAGCGAAGUGUUCGCAGGAAGAAAGAGAAACAAGACCAUGACCAGCUCAUUAUUGAUGCUGGUCAGAAGCAGUUUGGAGCAACAACCUGCAGCUCAUGUGGGAUGGUUUACAGUGCGGACAACCCAGAGGAUCAUUUCCAGCACACACAAUUCCACCAGGGAUUCCUCAACUCCAUCAGAUUUGUUGGCUGGAAGAAGGAACGGGUGGUGGCUGAGUUCUGGGAUGGAAAAAUUCUCCUGGUCUUGCCAGAUGAUCCCAAAUAUGCCGUUAAAAAGGCUGAGGAUGUUCGACGCGUAGCGGACAAUGAGUUAGGCUUCCAGCAAGUGAUUCUAAGCAGGCCAACGCAGGCUAAAACCUACCUUUUCAUCAACACAGAACGACUGGUGGUGGGAUGUCUUGUUGCUGAACCCAUAAGACAGGCUUACAGAGUCCUCGAGCAGCCAGAUCAACGAAAGGAUAUGAUGAGAGAUGACUUCAUGGAGCGACACAGGGCCUGGUGCUGCUCCACCGUCCCAGAAACAGCUCUGUGUGGGAUCAGUCGGAUCUGGGUCUUCAGCCUGGCCAGACGACAGGGCAUCGCAACCCGCAUGCUGGACACAGUCAGGAGCACGUUCAUGUACGGCAGUCAUCUUACCAAGGAGGAAAUCGCCUUCUCAGAUCCGACCCCUGAUGGCAAACAGUUUGCCACCAAGUACAGCAACACACCAACCUUCCUUGUUUACAACUUCAUUGCGUAAGGAUGGAAAAGAUUCAGAUCAGACAUGGAGUAAAUGUGUGCUUGAAUUUUAAGCCGCACAUUUACGCAUCUUCAGGCAGUAAACGUUUUUUUCUUUCAUAUGCAAAGCUGUUCAGGUUGUUCCAUGUUGGUUAGGCCAGGCUUUAGUUUUCUGUGUAAAUUUUGGUUGUAUAAUUAUAAUGCAAUCUGUGUUCCAGGUGAAGUAGGGCUACAGUCUUUUAAAAGUUAGUAUUUAUUCAGAGCUGCUCAUUUCACAGUUUAUUAAGUAGCAGUUUUUGUUUUUCUUCCCAGCGAGGAACUGAAAAAAACAUUUCACAGGCUCAUUUUGAGCUUGGCGUUUUAAAGUUAAACUUUUUUUUCUUUUUCCCUCUUUGAUACCAACUUGAGAUUCUCUGGGCACAUUGGAAAGAAAGUGUUUCAGCCCACUAACUUGUUGAAAAAGGGAUGUCGUCGUUAGAGACAUUUCUACGUUGUACAUAAUCUGAGAAAUAUACCACAUUGUUGUACGUGCAGCUUGUUUCAUGUGUUUGCAUUUCAAGCAGCAACUUUUCCACUUUAGGAAGACAAUGCUUUAAUAAAAGAGGUGCAAUACC